UUUCCGCUUUCGUCGAAUCGUUGCUUGUGCGAUCCUGUGUACUUGCUCACGUCCGUGAGUCUGUCCACCGUGGAGGCCGCUUUUCCUGUCUAAAAAUUAAAUAAUAAAGAACAGUAACUAUUGAGUACCAUACUUUGAUGCAACAGGAUGGCGGUACCAACUAUUACAUUGAAUAAUGGAUAUAAAAUUCCUGUACUAGGACUUGGUACUUGGCAAUCUGCAGAUAAUCCAGGUGUCGUCGAACAAGCUGUACGAGAUGCUGUCGAUGCUGGAUACCGACAUUUUGAUUGUGCUUACAUUUAUAGAAAUGAAAAAGAAGUAGGCAAAGCUCUACGUGAUAAAAUUGCAGAAGGUGUAGUAAAAAGAGAAGAUCUAUUUAUCACAACAAAGCUAUGGAAUACAACACAUAGAAAAGAACAAGUAGUACCCGCAUGUAAGACAUCGCUUAAAAAUUUUGGAUUCGAUUAUGUUGAUCUUUAUCUUAUCCAUUGGCCCAUGUCUUAUAAUGAAGUAAAGGAAAAAGAUGGUUUUUGGUCCAAAACUAAAGAUCCUCUGUAUGAGAAUGUGGAUUAUUGUGACACAUGGCAAGGAAUGGAAGAAUGUGUAAAAUUGGGAUUAACGAAAAGCAUAGGCCUUAGUAAUUUUAAUUCCCAGCAAAUCGAUCGUAUUUUAUCAAUUGCCCAAAUCAAACCUGUAAUGAAUCAAAUAGAAUGCCAUCCAAAUUUAAAUCAAAAAAAGCUUCGAGAUUUUUGCAAACAACGUGAUAUAGUUAUUACUGCUUACAGUCCACUUGGUUCCCCUAAACGUAGUUGGGCGAAACCUACUGAUCCACAAGUAGCAAUUGAAGCACCAGAAAUUCUCGAGAUUAGCAAAAAAUAUGAAAAAACGCCAGCACAAGUUGUUUUACGAUAUUUGAUCGAUAUUGGUACUGUUCCUAUUCCGAAAUCUAGUUCAAAAGAGCGUAUUAAACAAAAUAUCGACAUUUUUGAUUUCAAACUAUUGCCACAAGAAAUUGCAACUAUUGAUAAACUUGACUGUGGACUUCGUAUUUGUCCUGCUAAAGAAUGUGCAGAUCACAAGGAUUAUCCGUUUAAUAUAGAAUUUUAAAAAAUUUAUCAAAAACAAUUUUCUUUUUUUGCAUUUUUCGAACUAUACAAAUAUUAUUCAU